GCUCCUGGCUGGUUGUUCUCAGCUUGGGCUCGUGUAGGCGGCUACACUCGGCGAUUCGCCAAGUGAAUUGUUCGCAGAGAUUGGUUCUCCGCGAGCGAGUCCUGACCUCGUAGACCAUUGGUGUCUGCGGGGGUGUCCUGAAUUUCGUUUGAAGUUUUGUUGAGUCAUUGUCGCUCAUCUGUAACAUCCUCCCUUGAAAAUGGCAUCUGGAUUGCCAAGAAAGACACCGACACCUCGUCUUUUGUCCAGGGAGAGGCUGAAAUCUUUUACUCUGCUUCCCUCGAAGUUCUUGAUGGAGAAGUUUGUCAGCAGGAAGGCCAGCACUGGGGGGAGUAUUCUGCCCAGAAUUGGCCCACCUCGAGACAUGAGAGAGCCUCAUCAAAAGCUGCCAUCAACUCCCCUGAAACAGAACUUGUUUCAGAUUUCCCCACCAGAGGUGGUAUUUCAGAACUUCGUCGCCCAUGAGGUCUCUGAAAUGGUGCUGUCUCUCAUUAAUAAGGACAAGUUUCCUCAGGUGGUGAAGGUCUCCAUGGAGAGCUCACCUUAUUUCCAGCUUGUGUCCUCCAACAAUGCGUACCGUGUCACGACGCCGCGUGUGCCUGUCCACGUGCGCAUCCGCUUCACCCCUGACGAGAACACGGAUUAUGUCCAUGAGCUCAUCUGCAUCACUGCAAGGGAAAGGAUAGUUGUGCCAAUUCGGGCUAUUGGUGCCAAAGCUAUCCUGGACUUCCCUGACCAGCUGGACUUCUCCAAGUGUCCGGUCAAGUACAGCAGCCAGAAGACUCUGGUGGUCCGUAAUGUCAGUCACCGGGCAGCUCGUUACCAGCUGAGCACCCAGAGUCCUUUCUUCGUGGCUCCGGCCAAGGGAACUCUGGGCGCUGGUGACAGCAUGCAGGUGACAGUGGGAUUUCACCCGCUGACGAAUGGUGAUCAUUCCGGGUCCCUGUGCUGCAACAUCGGUGAAGAAAGUAUCCACACAAACCUCCAUGGAGAAGCUGUAGAUCUCAACAUUGGGUUGAGCACAAAUUCCGUGGAGGUGGAGAAGACUUUCAUCACCAUGUCAAACCACACAACCAUGUUCAUCAAAAACAGGAGUAACAUCACAGCCCACUUCCAGUGGAAGACUUUUCUUGAUGAGGAAGACGAGAAUGAAGUGAAGAGGAGGCAGUGUCAUUUGCUGCACGUGCCAAGUGAGGUGUGGCUGGAAACCUUAAUGGAGGAGGAAAAAAUACGGAAGGUGAAGGGCUUUUGUGAAGAUCGCAUUGCUCUCCUGAGGAACAUGGUCCAAGAGGAGGUGGCAAAGGUGCAAGAAGACCCUAUGCUGUUCUCCAAUGACAUUUUUUUCAUUGAGCCAGUGGAGGGAGAAAUUGAGCCAAAUGGUUGGGCUGAAAUCAAGGUGACCUUCAAGCCCCUAGAGGCACUGAAGUACCAAAGUAUGGCUUACUGCAACAUCUCAGGCCUUGAGAGCAGGCUGCCCCUGUGCCUCAGAGGAGAAGGCCAAGGACCCUUGGUUAAACUCAGCUGUCAUACACUGAACCUUGGGAACAUUUUUGUCAACACCCGCCAUGUAUCUGAGGUGAAGCUGAUUAACCAAGGAGCUAUUGAUGCUCCCUUCACCUGUAUCCCGUCAACUGCAAACACGGGCUUCUGCUUCAAGUUUGCACCUGAGGAGGGCAUCAUUGCACCAGGUGGGAUCCAGACUAUUCAGAUCUCCUUCAAUGCCACCGUGCUGGGGAUGUUUGAGGAAGAAUUCCAGUUCAGUGUGGCUGGAUCUCCUACGCCUGCCAUCCUGACCAUCAGGGGGUGUGUCGCUGGACCAACUUUACACUUCGAUGUCGAUGAGCUCAGCUUCGGGGACAUCUCCUUUGGCUUUCCCUACACCAAGAGCUGUCGCCUGACUAACACCUGCCCGGUGCCCGUGACGUUCAAGCUCCGCAUGUCAGACGAUGGCACGCAGCCUGCUGUGAAUAGCUGUGAUCAAAUACACAGCGACAGUGACCCAUCCUGGACGGAGGGAAUUAAUUUUUAUGUGGAGCCAAGGGAGUUUACAAUGAAUCCCAGCCAAGGGAUCAUCCUUCCCCAGGGACACCAGGAUAUCGAGGUGACCCUGUGUUCCAACACCGUGAUGGAUUUCUACCGGAAAAUGCUGGUGGACCUGGAGGGUAUUGGCGAGGGAGUGGCAUCACUGACCAUCACAGCCAGGUGUCUUGUUCCUGAGCUGCAAGUGUACCCCCAAAUCCUGCUGUACGAUGAGUGCCAGCUGAAGGUGCCAUACCAGAGGAAGUUCCUCAUUGCAAAUAACACCGCCCUUCCCGGCUGCUAUGGGCUUAUUCCCCAGCAACGCGAGGAGGACUCUCCUGUGUUCUACUCCAGCCCCAAACCCUGUGGGAUUGUCCAGCCUCACAGCAUUGCAGAGAUUCCGGUUAUAAUUGAAGUCCAAACACUGGGCGAGCAUCGCACCAACGUUCUUGUCGGCGUGUUCGGGGAUGAGAGAAACCCACUGAGACCAGAUUUACGGAGCUCUGGACAGCUGGCAGAAAUCUACCCAAGUCCAAGGCUGAUAGAGUUUGGCAGGAUCCCAGCGCUACAGCCUACUUCACGAAGCUUUACCCUCUUCAACGAAGGUCUUGUCCCUACAGACUUCAGGCUAGAGAUUGCUUGCAAACCUCACUGCUAUGCCAUUGAACCCAGAGAAGGAGUGAUCCCCGCUAGGGGUGAUGUGCCUGUGACUGUCACAGCAACCCUGGAUGACACUGGGCUUUUUGCUGACAAUAUCCAGCUGUUCCUUGGGAACAGCCUUUGGACCUCCUGUGUGCUGGUGGCUUUGGGCACUGGCACCACAAUUGUCAUAGACAAGCCAUUUGCGCCAGAUCUCAACCUAGGAUACCAAUUCAGCCACCUUCCCUGUAUUCAUCGGUUCAAAGUAACAAAUGGGGGCCGCCAUUUCCAUCGGCUCUUCUGGAGCGUGGGAUGCUGCAGCCCACCUGAGGAGGAGGGCCAGGGCAUCUCAGCCCUCCGUAGCCCUAAAGAUGAUUACCAGAGCCCCAAAAGUGCCACCCCCGUGUUUGGGCUGGAGCCACUGUUGAAGGACCUGCAGCCAGGCGAGUCUGUGGACAUGGUGCUGCGAGGCUUCUCCCGCAUCCCGCAGGAGGUGCAGGAUUAUGUGUUGUGUGAAGCUGUCAUUGGGACAACCAGCAAGAAAGAGAAGAUAAUAGAAACUAUAAUUACCUGCGAGUUUAUUCACCCCUCUAUAGAAGCAUCAGCCAGAGAAUUCUCUUUCUGGGUGGAGAAGAAACCCAGUGAUGACCUGACGCUGCAGUACCAGCCUUUGGCUUUAAAAAACACCUGCCUGCUGCCACUGGACCUUAUGCUGGACUUGGAGCAGCCAUUCCUGGUCUGUGAUGAGGACCAGCAGCCCCUCCCAGAUGGCCAGCCUGUGACAGUGGAUGUCGGGGAGACCUGUCAUCUCUACAUUGCGUUUGAUCCAGCCUAUGAGCUGGAUUUUAAGAGCUGGAAAAAAGAGAGGGUUCUGAAGAUAGACAUGGUCAGGGGCCAUCCUUUUGUGGAGCGUAUCACCCUUCGGGGAGAAGUCCACUUCCCAAAUCUCCAAAUCCAGCCCAGCACCCUGGAGUUUGGCUGCAUCGUGGCUGGCACUGAAGAAGUGCGUUCUCUGGAGAUCACCAACCGCAGCCCACUUCCUGUCAAGUACCGCUGGUCAUUCCAUUCAGACAGCCAGGUGAACAACUUGAGAUAUGAGCUUUACCUACCUAAAUUCAAACCCCAACCACCAAAGGAGAAGAGAACCUGUUUGGAUUGCCCAGCAUCUCGAUGGAGACACUUCAAGAUUAGAAAUGCGGAGGAGGCAGUCACAGCCCCGAAAGAAUCACAGGAUCUUGCCCAAUCUUUAGGAGCAGAGGUGCCACCACAAACUAGUGGAGGGCAUUACGUCCCACUAGGGUUGGCAGGAUUCAGGUGCUCCGUGGACAUACCGCACACUCCUCUUGAAGCAGAGAAGGCUUUCAGUAUCGUGCCAGUGUCAGGUGUGCUGCAGCCGGGAGAGAGCCAGCAGGUCUCCUUCACCUUCUCUGGCCACCUCAACACCAUCUGCAAUGUCACGGCGCUGUGCCACGUGGAAGGAGGCCCCACCUACGAGGUGGUGGUGACCGGAGAGGCCUCACGUGUCAGCUACUCCCUGAGCUCCCGGGAGAUCAACUGUGGCUCUCAGAUGUUUAAUGAAAUUGGUCACAGCAUGAUCACCCUGGCGAACACUGGCAAGAUUGAAUUCAACUGGGUGCUAAAGCCUAGCACUGCCGACCAGCGUCUGCCUGGCGUGUUUCUGGUCAAGCCCACCACUGGCUCCAUUGCACCUGGGGAGAAGCAAGUGCUGAAAUUCUCUUACAUGCCAGGAUUACCAGGAGCCUUCAGCAGGACUUAUCAGCUUAAAGUGGGUGACCUGGACCUGGAAAAUAUCCUCCUGAAAGGAGAAGCAUUUUUUCCCAUGAUCACUGUGAACCUACCCUGGAACAUCAAAGGAAAUGAAAAAUAUAAGAAGCCUCUGAAACAGCUUGUAAAACCCCUGUGUCAAUACAGUCAGAGGAAUAAAUCAGUUGUUCAGAAGAAGACUCAGAGCCUGAAGACCAAGACCUUGAAAUCUCAGACCCCGACGACUCAAACCUUGAAGACUCUGAUUCCAAAGACUCGGAACCUGAAGCCCUGCGUGCCUGGCUCUGGCACCGUUCCAAACACUCAGCUACAGAUAAACACUGUGAGGAUGCUGAUAGAGAAGGCUUCUCUGGAGCUGCAGCAAAAGCGCAUGUACUAUCCCCUGAAGAGCAGGUUCCCUGACAAGGAGCUGUGCCAGAGUCUUGUCAAAGUUGAGCUGCCCGAGUAUGUCCUGGACAUGGGCACUGUCCAUAAGGGUUACACUGAGAUAAGAACUCUGGAGAUCACCAACCCUGGGCAGAUCCCAGUGUCCUUCCAGGUUGAUCUGUCUGUCCUGCAGGACACAGGUUUCAGCGUGGACCUGGACGAGGUGCAGAGCCUGCCCCACAGCUACACCAAGACGUUUGACGUACGCUUUGAAAGUGCCUGGCGGCCGCAGGGUGAUGUGAAUGUGCUGCUGCCCAUAGAGGUGACAAAAGGCCCCACGUAUAACAUCCGCCUCCAUGCCACUGUGUCUGAAAUGUCGCUCGAACUCUCCAAGAACAGACUGCACUUCUCUGACGUCCUCGUUGGGCAGUGCCAGGUCGAGACCAUCCGACUCUACAACUGUUACCGAGUACCCUGCAAAUGGUCCAUCAAGCGUGUUCCGAAGAGCAAUCACCUCAAAUACAUGACACCAGCUGUACGUCAGAAGCGGCAGGCGCUGGAGGAUGAGCCCUGUCCCUUUGAAGUGACGCCCUCCAAAGGAACCCUUGGUGCAGGAAGAUGGCAGAACUUGCAAAUCCGGUUUACACCCAAGGAGGAGAGGUCUUACAAGAAUGAACUGAAGCUUAACAUUUGUGGGAGCAGCAGUCACUUAAAGCUGCACCUCUCAGGAGAAGGUCUGGAGCCACGGUUGGAGUUCAGCCCCCCAGCACUAAAGAUGGGAUGGGUGCUGGUGGACAGCGAUGGGGUGGAGGCCACAGCAGUGGUGAAGAACCCAUGCAACUUCCCCAUUGAGUUUUACUCCCUGGAUUUUGAUGAGCAGUACCUUGAGGAGAAGAUCCUGCGGAUGGCAGUGAGGUCUGAGUAUCAAAAGAGCUUUUUUAUGCCUCCAUGUGCUGUGGGUGAGACGCUGUCCCCAGAGGGGCUGGAGGACCAUGAAGCACAAAAGACGACGAAGGCCCAACAGGCAGAGCUCAAGGCCAUGGCAGAGGCCACGGCGGGGGCUGAGGCUGAGGCCAAGGGCAAGGCAGCAGCAGCACAUCGCAGGACUCUCACAUUCUGUCCUGAGUCCAUGCUGAAAGUGACUGGCAGUCCCAUCUCUCGGGCUGUCAUGCGCCACCUGGGCAUUGACCCGUCUUCAGAGAGGCGUGAAGCGCAGCAGCACAGAGGGAUUGUUGUCAUCCUCCAUGGGCCACCCCGGACAGGAAAGACAGAGAUAGCAGCAGGCCUGUGUCAGUAUUAUGAUGCUGCUUACGUGUCCAUUGACACCGUGGUGAAAGAGGCCAUGGCCAACGAUGGGAGCCCAGCAGGGCUCUGUGCCCGGGAGCUCUGCACUAAGGCUGCCAUGGAGACAAAAGGCAAAGACAAAGGUAAAAAGUCUCAGCUCACUGCUCAGACCAAGAAUAAACAAGCCUUUGGGGAAAAACUCAACAAGAAGGAUGCCAAAGGCAAGAACCCUCCAGCACAAAAGAAGGAGCCAGCCAGCAAACCCAACAUAAAGGACACCAAGUUCACAGUUUCCACUGCUCCUGCGCCGCAGCAGCUGAACAUCAGCAGCAGUCAUGGGGAAGAGCUGAACUGCUUGAGCUGUGUGCUGCCCGAGGACCUGCUGGUGGACAUCCUCAGUGAGAGGCUGAAGUGUAAAGACUGCUACAAGGGAGUGGUCUUUGAUGGCUUGGAAAGCCUCUUUGCAAGCAGCCUGGAAUCUUCUCUGCUCUGUGUACUCAGAGCUGUCAAGAAUUGUCAUCAUAUCUACAUGGUGAACCUGCAUCAGGAUUAUGCUUCUUGGAAAGCCAAGGAUGAAGCUAAAAGAAAGAGGGAGGAAGCUGAAAGAGAGAAGGAAGAACCGCAGCAGGAAAAAGCUAUUCAGAGGAACAUAAAACAUGUCUUGCAAAUGGAUGAGGACGAGUAUGACACCCUCCCUGAGGAGAAAAAAUCAGAAGUGGAUAAAAUAAUACUGGAAAUGAAGAGUACACAGAUGGAGGGGGAGCUGAAGCAGCUGGCUCAAAAGCUUGAGGAGGAGUCAAAAGCCUUAGAGGAGGAAGAGAGGCAGAAGGAGGAAGAGAAGCAGAAGGAGGAAAAUAAGGGUGUCUCCAUGGGGAAGCAGCCUGCAAAACCAGAGAAUAAGGAAGCCGAAGCCCCAGAGAAUAAGGAAGCCGAAGUCCCAGAGAAGAAGGAAACAACAAUCCCAGAGAAGAAGGAAACAAAAAUCCCAGAGAAGAAAACCAAAUCCCCAGAGAAUAAAGAAACAAAAAUAUCAGAGAAGGACACCAAAGCCCCAGAGAGGAAGGAAGCAAAAAUCCCAGAGAGGAAGGAAACAAAAAUCCCAGUGAGGAAGGAAACCAAAGCUCCAGAAAAUAAGAGAACAGAAAUCCUAGAGAAGAAGGAAACCAAAGUCCCAGAGAAGAAGGACACCAAAGCCCCAGAGAGGAAGGAAGCAAAAAUCCCAGAGAGGAAGGAAACCAAAAUCCCAGAGAAGAAGGAAACCAAAUCUGCAGAGAAGAAGGAAACAAAAAUCCCAGUGAGGAAGGAAACCAAAGCCCCAGAGAGGAAGGAAGCAAAAAUCCCAGAGAGGAAGGAAACAAAAAUCCCAGUGAGGAAGGAAACCAAAGCUCCAGAAAAUAAGAGAACAGAAAUCCUAGAGAAGAAGGAAACCAAAGUCCCAGAGAAGAAGGACACCAAAGCCCCAGAGAGGAAGGAAGCAAAAAUCCCAGAGAGGAAGGAAACCAAAGCCCCAGAAAAUAAGAGAACAAAAAUCCCAGAGAAGAAGGAAACCAAAGCCCCAGAAAAGGGGGACUUCAAAGCCCCACAGAAGAGGGGAACCAAAGCCCCACAAAAGAGAGGAACCAAAGCCCUGGAGAAGGGGGGAACCAAAGCCCCGGAGAAGAAAGAAACCAAAUCCCCAGAGCAGGGGGAAGCUGAAAUCCCAGAGGACUCAGCUGAGGUGGAGAAGAACUUGAUCCUGAGGUUUCAGAUCUAUGAGUCAUCACAGCAGAACAUCGCAGAGGUUUUCUCCUACUGGGACAGGGUUCAGGGUACCGUGCAGUUACCUGUGAUCCAAAAGGGAAACAAAUCCCAGCCUUCAGGUGAAAACAAAGGUCUAAAGAAGACCAGUAAGCCUCAGGAGAAGGUGAAGAAGCCUGAACAUGAACAUGGAGGCCAAAGGAGUCUUCAGUCAUCUCAGCUGGAGAUGCAAAGCGAAGUUGCAGAGGGGGCAGUCAGAGACGAGCAUGUCGGGGUGCCAUGCCUGGACAUCCAGGUCUCAGAUCCGAAGGCCAUGAUCGGGGAGAUCCUGAGGGAUGGGACGUUGCCAACGGAUGACGAGAUGCUGAAACAUCUGGGACUGCAUCCCGACGGGCCUCCCCUGCCCCCUGCUGCUGUGCUCUCCAUAGUCGAGUACCCAGAGGAGUGGCUGGCCUCUGCAGAGCGCGUGGAGCCCUUCACCAUUGUGGCACCGGGAGGUGCUGCUGUGGAAGACAGUCUGGCCAAGGCCCCUGAUGUGAAGGGCAGUUCUGCUGAGGGCCGACCAAAGACAGGUAAAGCAGCCAGCAGAGACAGCUCUGCAAAGGAGAAGCAGAUCUCCACACAGAGAGCAGAAAGUCCCCGGGAUUCCUCUGCAACAGGAUUCAAAAGUACGCUGGAAAGUGCCUCAAACCCCACAGAAUUCCUCAGGCUGAAACGGUACCGGUGGAUAGUGCCUGCCCACGGUGAGGUGGAACUGAAGGUCCACUUCUCCGCCAAAAAGCCAGGGAAGUUUGAGCAGACACUGAGGUUUGAGCUCGUGCAGACAAAGCGCCAGUACGAGCUGCCCUGCCGUGGCACCGGCCUGUACCCCAGCAUCAGCCAGAACCCACGGCUGGUGUUUCCACAAUGGAGGGAGACCAUGGAGGCAGAUGACAUCGUCUUCAAGGAAUACGUUGAGAGCACAAAGCAAUUCCACUUUGGGCCGCUGCUGUGUGGGAAAUCAAGAGACUGGUACGAGGCCCAUAAGUGUCCCGGCAACUUGGAGAAUUUAACCAUCCUCAACAACUCCCCCAUGGACGUAGAGGUCCAGUUCUCCUUUGAGAAUGAUGGGGAAGCAGAGACAUUCCUUUUGGACCCUCCCAGCAUGGCACUGAAACCAGAGGAGAAGCAGGAGCUGACCAUUUGGGCAUACCCCACUUCCCCUGGCUUCCUGGAAGACAAACUCAUCUGCAGCAUUGGGAAGAACCCGGACCCAGUGGUCUUCUGCCUGUGCUGCCAUGGGGUGCACAUGAAGCUGGAGGUCAGCCCCCUGGAGCUGUCUUUUGGCAAGCUGCUUCUGCACAGGACUGACAGCAGGACCUUGGUCCUGAAAAACAACACCCAGCUGCCCAUGGCCUGGCAGCUCAAUGGGCUGGAUGACUUUGUUGAGGACUUCUCCUUGUCCCAAGAUAAAGGCACCAUUAAUGCCCACUCAGAGUUUGAAGUGGCAGUGCAUUUCAAGGCCGGGCAGAUUGGCAGCAUUGAGAAGACCCUCCGACUAGAGGUUUCAGAUGCAGAAAACAUUGUGGGAAUUGUUCAAGCUGAAAACAUUGAAAUCUCUGCAGAGGUCUAUGACAUUUCUCUGAGCCUCGACAUGCCUGAAGGUCCAGAUGGAAGCUUGGAAUUUGGAACCAUUAAUGUCCUGGAUAAUGUGAAGAAAGUCCUGAGUCUGAAGAACAAAGGGGUAUACAACAUUGAGUACAGUUUCACGCUGAAGGGUGCAGGUCCCACGAUGCAAGACUUGGCAUCCUACUUCACUGUUGAGCCUCAGUCAGGCAUGCUGACUGCCUCCCAGCCUGGUGUGAAUAUUGAGAUGCUCUUCCACCCCACAAGUGAAAUCCUCCUCAAGAACAAGCCCAUCCUGUACUGCCAGGUGAUAGAUGCCAGCUCAGGUGAAGGAGGCCAGGCUGUCGCCAACAUCCCAGUGAAGGUGUCAGCAAAAGCUGAGUACAGCAAGUACAGCAUUGAGCCUGCCUCACCCACCGACUUUGGUACCAUGAUCAAGGGCACCAAGAAGACCCGGACUGUUGUGCUGAAGAACAAAGGCACGCUCAACUUCAAAUUCCACAUCCACCGAGCACCCAAGGAGGCAUCUGUAUUGGAAAGCAAAAGUUCAAAGCAAGGGGAAUCUGCUCCAUUGGCUACAAAGUUCUCAACAGGAAAGAAAUCAAGCUCCUCAACACAGGGUCACCUCAAUCUUGGCAUGUUCACGGUGUCCCCCUGCUCCGGCUCCAUCGGUCCCUGGGGCCAGCAGCUGAUUACAGUGGAAUGCCUCGCAGAGCAGGAGGGGACAUGUGAGGAGCAGCUCUACAUUGACAUCCUGGGCAGAGACCCCAAGGACAAUCCCCUCGGCAUUCCCUUUACCUUGAUUGCCGAGUCCUGCGUCCCAGCACUUGUUGAAGAUGUCACGUUAAUCUUCAAGGAGUACCCGAUCUGCAGCAGCACCGACCUCAGCCACAAAUUGCAGUCGGUGAAAGGCACUGGCCUGUUCAUCAGAGAUGAGAACAAAUUCAUCUUCAACAAGGUUCUGGUUGGGCAGGAGGCUGAAGCUCAUUUCAGUAUCUACAAUGCAAGCCAUCUGCCAUGUGGUGUGGUCCUCUCCAUCAACCCCCUGCCUGGAGAGGAACAAAUCCCUAUCAAAAACAUUUUCAAGUUGGAUCCAGUCAAGAUGUCCGUUCCCGUCUCAUCCUGUGCUGUUGCGAGGGUGACCUUCACCCCACCAGACGAGCAGAACUACGACUGCACUUUCAAGGCUUCCCUUGUCAUCCCAAAAGGCUCUGCAGAAAUUGAACCCCAAACCCUGACCUUCACCAUCAGUGGGAAGGGGCACGAGCCGCAGCUGACAGUCGUGCGCCCGAGCGCUCGCAGCAAGAGGGGAAACGCCGUGCUGCGCUUCAAGAGGCUCCGGCUGGGGGAUUCAGAGACACUGCCCCUGGUCAUCCGUAACAACGGCAGCAUACCUGUCAAGUUUAUGUUACACCUGGAGGAUAAGCAUGGAGCAUUCUUCUUGAAAGGCAGGGCCUCCACACUCAGGAUAUUCCACGCUGGAGAUGUGGAAGAGGACUCCGUUGGAAACGAGAGCAAGCCCCCGAAGAAGCCUUUCUUCUUUCUGCGUUGCGGGCAAUUGACAGAGUUUGAUGUCAUUUUCAAACCUACCCUGGCUCAACGUCUGGAAGGGAAGAUUUGUCUGUUAGUGGAGGACAUCUGCAUGAACCUAAUAGAGCUGGUGGGUGAAGGCCACAAGGAUGAAUUCACCCUCAGUGGAUUAGAGGAAGACACCCAGGAGAGGAAUGCUACGAGCAGUCUGAAGAAAGACAUCAUUGAUGCUGUCAGAGUGAAUCACAUCCAGUUUGGGAACUGUCCUGUUGGGAAGGGCUGCCGCAGGACCUUUACCAUCACCAACCACACCCGUACGAAGGUCAUGCGCUUUGAGUGGGAGGCAGACGCCCCAUUCCAGUUCUCCCCCAAGGUGGGACACCUCCAUCCUGGCUGUGCCAAGGGCAUCACAGUGACCUUGAAAUCAGAUGUCUCAGCCACCUUCAGGAGGCACCUUGUGAAAUGUAAGGUGACCAAGAUCAACUUUGAGCUGCCACGAAGGAAGGUUCCUGACUGGGAUGACCAAAUGUCCAUUGUCACGUGGAAGGAUACCACCAGGAAAGACCUGGCAGCCAGGUGGCCUAAAAAAGAGAAGGUGAUCAAGACAGUCCCAGAACCGGCUCACACUGUGGUGGAGGAGAGCAGCCAGGAGGCCGAGGUGUACCUCAGUGCCGUUGUUGUCUACGCCCAGUUCAAGCUGAACACGGUCAUGGUUCAGUUCAAGGAUACCCGGCCCUUCCAGACAAGGACAACCACUUUCAGGCUAUGCAACACGGGGAAGGUAGCCCUGGAAUACUCCUGGGAGAAAGCUGCAGACAGUGAAGCAGUGAAGGAGCCAUUCUCAACUGCUCUGAUGCGUCCGUGCCUCUCUGCUACUCUAAGGCGUUGCAGAAAGCUGCUGCAUCAUUUUAGGUGGCAGCAGGAGCAUCCUUUUAAAACUCAUCUUUUUGAGCUGCAGCGGCUGCAGCUGCAGCAGCAGCAGUAUUACAAGCAGCAGCUGCAGCAGCCUGAGCAGCAGGACUGUUCCAAGAAGCUACUCUACUCAAAGCGUGUCGGUUCCUCCCUGGAAAUCUUCCCAGAUGUCAUUCAUGGCCUGCCACUGUUCUCCAUCAACCCCUACCAUGGCAUCCUUGCUCCUGGCCAGAAGCAGACCUUUCAUGUGCACUUCUCCCCGAGGUGCACGGGGAUGUUUCAGACCACCAUACUGUGCAGGAUUCCUAACCUGAAGCCAGCUCAGAAGAUGGGGCAGGUGAUUGUGAAAGGCAGAUCCCAGGAGCAGAAGAGUCUUGGUGAACCAUUACAGCAGACAGAGAAAGGCCAGGGACCCAAGAAGGAGGUGCUCAGGAAACCAACACCCGAGGGACAGCAUUUAUGUCAGCUGGAGUAUCUGGCAGGAGCUGGCAACACUGUGCCUUCUGCUGCUCAUGGUCUCCCACCCUUCACCGGAGACCUCUGCAGCUACCCUUCCAAGCUCCAGUGAACACAUCUAUCUUUUAAUUACCUACAUUAAUUAACUACUUGUUCAUUAGAUUGAUAGUUAAUUGACAAUUAAUAAUUGUCAAUUAAUUGUUAAUUGUUAAUAAACAACCGUUAAUAAAUU